CUCUCUCUCUGUCUCUGCAAGAAAAAUGCGGGUCCUAAUCGAUUCCGUUGACCUCCUCUGCUUCCUCCUCCUCCUCUCUGUGGGCCUGGCCGGCGCAGGCGCCGGCGACGGAGAUUCCCCCGGCAACCCCUUCACCCCGCGGGCCUCCCUCCUCCGGUACUGGAACAAGGAGAUCCCCAACGCCGCCCUCCCCAAGCCCGCCUUCCUCCUCUCCAAGGCCUCCCCGCUCGACGCCGUCGACGCCGCCGCCUUCGCCAAGCUCGCCGCCCGCGGCUCCCUCGCCGACCACCUCCCGGCCUUCUGCGCCGCCGCCGGCCUGCUCUGCUUCCCGGACCUGUCCCCGAGCCUCGAGAAGCACCCCACCGACUCCGACUUCGCCGUCUACAGCAACAAGAACUUCUCCAACUACGGCAACGACCGGCUCGGCGGCCUCGACUCGUUCAAGAACUACUCCGACGGCGAGAACGUCCCCAUCGACACGUUCCGCCGGUACAGCCACGACUCCUCCGGCCACGGGGACCGGUUCGCCAACUACGGCCCCGGGGGCAAUGUGGUCGACCAGAGCUUCAGCAGCUACGGCGGCGGCGCCACCGGGGGCACGGGCGAGUUCAAGAACUACAACCCCGAGGUCAACGUGCCCAACCUCAACUUCAACAAUUACGGCUCCGACGCCAACGGCCGGGCCCAGACCUUCACCGCCUACACCGACGAGACCAACGCCGGCGCCGAGAGCUUCAGCAGCUACGGCAAGAACGGGAACGGGGCUCCCAACAAGUUCGCCGAGUACGCCUCCGACUCCAACGUCAUCACCUCGGAUUUCAACGGCUACGGCCAGGGCGGCAACGGCGCAAACGACACCUUCGCGAACUACGGUAAGGACGGGAACGUCCCGGAGAACAACUUCAAGAACUACGGCGACGGAGGGAACGGGAUCAGCGACGGCUUCGCGAAUUACAGAGACCAGUCCAAUGUGGGCGACGAUUCGUUCCAGUCGUACGCGAAGAACUCGAACUCGGCAAAGGUCCAUUUCGCCAAUUACGGCAAGUCCUUCAACGAAGGCACGGACAAGUUCAGCGGGUACGGCCAGGCCGCGAAGGGGCAGGAGGUCGAGUUCAAGACCUACGGCGUCAACAACACCUUCAAGGACUACGGCAAGACCGGCGUUCGGUUCGCCCAGUACGCCAACGCCACCGGCGUGGCGGCGGCGGCGGCGGCGGCGAUGGUCAGUGGCAGGGCCGUGAAUAGGUGGGUGGAGCCGGGCAAGUUCUUCCGGGAAUCGAUGCUGAAGAAAGGGACGGUGAUGCCGAUGCCGGACAUUACGGAUAAAAUGCCCAAAAGGUCGUUUCUGCCCCGUUCGAUCCUGUCCAAAUUACCCUUUUCAACCUCGAAGCUCGCGGAGCUGAAGCGGAUCUUCCACGCAGGAGACAACUCGUCCAUGGAGGCGAUGAUGGCCAACGCACUGGCGGAGUGCGAGCGGGCGCCCAGCGCGGGGGAGACCAAGCGGUGCGUGGGGUCCAUCGAGGACAUGAUCGACUUCGCCACGUCGGUCCUGGGCCACAACGUCGUGGCCCGAUCCACGGAGAGCACGGCCGGGUCGAAGCACGACGUCAUGGUCGGGGCGGUUCACGGGAUCAACGGCGGGAAAGUGACCAAGUCCGUAUCGUGCCACCAGAGCCUCUUUCCAUACCUGCUCUAUUACUGCCACUCCGUCCCCAAGGUCCGGGUCUACGAGGCGGAUCUGCUCGAUCCCAGGACCAAGGCCAAGGUCAACCACGGCGUGGCCAUCUGCCACGUCGACACGUCCGCCUGGAGCGCCACCCACGGGGCGUUCCUGGCCCUAGGGUCGCGGCCUGGUAUGAUCGAGGUCUGCCAUUGGAUUUUCGAGAACGACUUAACUUGGGCGACUGCCGAUUGAACGAUUUGAAAUUAUUGGUGGUGGGUCUUGUGGUGUCUGGAUUUGAUAAUUUGCGUCCGGACCAUUGGCUAAAAAGAAAAAAAAAAAGACAUUUAGCGGCUGGCACGAGCCCAUUUUGUAGUUACCUCAAGUAAUUUUUAUUGGAAAACUAUUAUCUAAUAACUAUUCUCACAGGGAUUAAAGUCUAAAAUUGCGGGUUCUUAUCUUUUUCUUGAUUUCACUACUCGAAUGUGAUGAAUUCUUUUUCUUUUUAUCUUCUGGUGGAUUCCUCCUCGAUCAUUGGAGGGCUUAUAGAUGAUAUGAGCAAGAAGAUGUUGAA